UGGUAACUACAUACAACAAUACCGAUUUCCGGUGAGAGGUUUAAGUGAACGAUCUAUAAGCAGUGGUAUAGGACGCUAUACAUGAAGGUGAUAUAUAUAAACCGAAAAUAAAGGAAAAAACAAUGGAUAUGAUAAGAUAUUGACGUUAAAACAAAGGUUCUGUCUGUAUUUAUACAAGCAAAAUAUAAGUAUAAAAAGACAAUAUAAUUAAAAUUCAAUGGAGACUAUUACAGCUAGAAGAGAAAUGAACGGGAUGACGAAAGUGGAUAUGGAGGAAUAUUUCGAUGAUGUAGAGGUGGAGUCACUUUAUAGCUGGAUAGACAGAAUACCAUUGUCAAGACCUAAGAAAAAUAUUUCUAAAGACUUCGCCGAUGCAGUUCUGGCUGCAGAAAUUGUAAAACAUUAUUUUCCUAGAAUGGUAGAUGUUCACAAUUACACACCAGCAGCAUCGACAAAACAACGCUUAGAAAACUGGUACCUUCUUAAUAGACGUGUCUUCAGACGAUUGGAACUGGAUUUAUCUGAUGAUGUUCUACGGGCACUUGCAAACUGUAAACCUAAGGUGAUAGAAAGAGUGCUUAUGUUGUUACGGCUCCAGAUAGAUAAGUUUCUUGAGAAAACAGGUAGGGAUUCCCACUGGCGCCGGCGAGAACUAUAUUACCAAAAUCCUGACCCAGUGUUAAGGCUUCAUCUCAAUACACCACCGUCUCACCCUAAUACCCCACCAGGAAUCAAGUCCCCAAGGGGUGGAGACACAUCAAACAGGUCAAUGUCACCAAAUAGGCUAACAAAAUCUGAGGGAGGUGCCUCACCACGCAAAUAUAACAAGGGUGAGAUCCCACAUGGACAUCCAGACAGAACAAUCUCACAUUUGAGUAAACGAGAUUUGGCAUUCUAUGACCCUCGAUGGCAAAGUUUUGAUGCGUUAGCCGUCGAUUACCUGGGUUACCCAUUUUCUUAUACUGAUCGGUCAUAUUUUGCUGAUAAGCCCUUACCGCUUUUACCAAAGACGUUCCUGCCGCCCGUGUCUGACAAUAUACCACGUGUUUUAUAUGAGGAGAAGGAAAUGGAAUGUCAAGCCAAGGAAGAAACCAUUCAGAUACUCAAUGCUAAAAUCCGUCGGUUAGAACAUCUGAUUCAUCUGAAGGAUGUAAGAAUAGAAGACCUACACGCCACUCUGCAACACAGUGUAGGACUAGGAUACUCGACGAGAAAGAGAUAAUUACCUCCAUUGCUGUUAACUUACAUACUGUAUAUUUAGCAUAGACAUUUUAUUUGUUACAUCAAUUGCUCCAUGUGUAAAAUAUAAAAGAAAUCUGUGAUAUUUUAAUAAGUCGCAACAUCAAUGGUUCAUUUCAUUAUCGUAGAAAGUUAACAGUUUUGAGUACAUACAUUCAAAAUAAACUACUGCCCACAUAAUUCAUAUGUGUCUGACAUAUGAAAUGAAUAUAGAAAGGUUUUUGACACAAUUUUAGAAGCCUAACAAGAGUCACGAAUUGUAUCAUGACGUUGCGACUAAAGCAGCUUAGACUUAUGUAGAUAUAAUAUAACAUUUUUUGUAUAAUUACUUCGAUAUGAUAGCAGUUAUAGUGUUAUCUGUUCUAGGUUAACAUGUAUGACAUUUAUGAACUGGUUAAAUGGUCGGCAGAACAUGUGUUAGUUACGUGUUGUAUGUUCAUAUCACUCUCUUGUUUUCGUCAGUUAUUUAUUAACAAUCUCAUCCACAUUGUGUCCGCUGUGUUCUCUCUCUCGCUCUCAUUCUCGACUAACCGUCUACUACGUACUAAUACAUUACAGUGACUGGUCUUAUAUAAGGCUCAAUUGAGUAAGUCGGAUACAGAAAGACUUGUAAAUGGCACACCCAUUAAUUAUAUAUACAUGUAAUACAAAAACAAACAUAAUCUAUAUCUAUUUUAUCCUUUGUUUGUCCAUUAAUUGAUUCUGACUUACACCAGUAAUCGCAGAAAACGGUACGGUGGCUGUCUUCAAACUGGAUUUAUCCGUUUUGCCAAAAAUUUACCUACAUCUUAGCGUUGGUGUACAGUUUUCAUUCUAAGUUUACAUUAUUGUUCAAAUGUUUCUUAUUUUAAUUAUUUGAUGAUAUACUUUGUAUCUACCUAUGUAUGAACCAAGGUUCAAUUAUGCUUAUAACGUUUUGAUUAAGUCAUAUCUAAGUAUUAUAAAUCGACUGUGAUACAACAGACAUCGUAUUAUGUUUGAAGCGUUGUUUGUUGAUGGAGAAGUUCGGGCCAACUUAUCCAUAGUUACGUUUCGAUUUCGUAUUUUGGAUUUCGUAACCAAAUAAUUGAGCAACUAUGAAGUGGCGGUUGAGUGAAAAUUCACACUUUUUAUGCUAUAGUUAGAUUCUUUCAUUUACAGCAUUAUUAUAUGUUUAUAUGAUAAGGACAACAAAUCAUAACUUUUUAUAAAUAUGAUUAAUGAUGUUAUCAUUAUGAUUAUUCAGUUGUGCGGCAAGACACAUUAUGAAAAAAAAGACCGCAGAGUAUUUAAGAUCUAAUUCAGUUGAUGUUCUUGAUAAUAUUAUAUGCAAAUUGUUUCAACCAAUUUUCUUUAAUCUAGUCACUAUUUCAUUAAUAAAUCUCACCUCCAUUAUCUCCCUUUGUUGUCAAGUCCUUUACUUUUUCAUUACCUCCCCUUAUUUGAACUCUUCAUUUAUGACUUCUAUUUUAGUUUGUAUGGCCCGUGGAUCUUCUUAGUUGACUGUCCAUUGUGUAUUUGCUUCCAAAUAUUCUUGAAUUAUCAUUAUAAUCAUUUGUAAUACUCAAUAACGGUAGGCUGUUAGUUAAGGUACUUUGUUAUUGUUGUUGUUGUUUUUCUUCUCUUUUUUAUUUAUAACUAAGAUAUGUUACUUUUAAUUAUGAUAUUAUAAAUUGUUGGUAGUCUGUCUGACCUAAUCUAAUACAUAUAUUACUAUAAGAAUAAGAAAAGCAUUACUUUAUUUUUUUUCAAAUACCAUAUAGAUGUUUCUAUAAGAAGAAAUUCAAGUGCAGUUAUUUUAAAUGGUUAUUUCGGUCUUUAAAUAUCUGCCCAUGGCAAAAAAGGAAACCAUUUUAACUAUGGUAAAUGUAUGGUUUCAUUCAAGAUACCUGUCACAUCUUGCAAAUAUGCUAUAAAGACAAAAUGCAGUGAAAACCAGUAUAACGCUACAAUAAUGUAUAAGAUAUUUGUAAACGUUAUCAAAUUGAACGUUAUGAAUAUAAAACCUAUGUUCUUUGUAUGUUGUAUAAAAAUGUAUCAAAAUAGUAAAUUUAAGGUGCACUACAAUGUUUUAGUGGAUUGGUCUACAAUGGGUAUAUUUUCUACAAGUAUUUCAAAAAUUGAUUGAAAACAAUAGAAGUCUAUCAUUCAUUUGUUAUAUUUUAUAAAAUAUUUCUUUGGUGAAAAAAGUUCUAAGUAAUUUAGCAUGAACAUUUAUAUGACGAAUAUUAAAAUAAUAUUUUGCUAUAGAAUAUUUUAUUAUAUGAUGUACUUAAAUAUGUAAUAUUUGAUCAUGUACGACAACAUCCAUAUAUAAUUAUUUCGUUAUUUGUUUUCAUAUGAUACUUAAUAAUAUCAAUAUAAUUAUUUGUGGUAUAAAAGACCUUCCAUUACGGACCAAUUCACAUUUGUCAGUGUGAUAUACAUGUAGUUCAUCCUUAUAACAAGAAACAACAGUCCAUCUGUCCUGUGAAGAAAUUUAUAUCAAAAUACUAAAUCAUUUUUGUACAAAUAUUUUAUUACGAUUUUGUUUAAACUAGUAUAUCAAGUAAAACACUUUUCUCUGUAUCAACAGACGUGAUUUAUAAAUUGACAGCAUGGAUCCAGACCAGCCUGCGCAUCCGCACUAUGUUGGCUUUGUCAUGGCACGGCUCAUAUAUAUUAUAUGUGAUUUAAUCCAUGCACAGUGAUGACGAAAAGCAAUCAAACGUGUUUUAUAUUAUAUAUUACUUGUCAUUGUAUAUAAUGAUUAAAAAAUUAUUUUUGUAUAAGGCAUGUGUCAUGUUUUGUACUGUAACUAUUGAAAAUAAAUUUAUAGAGUAAG